ACACGCCUGCUGCUGAAAUAAACACCAUGAGUUACUGUUGACGAUGAGUCAGUUUUCUAAAUACAACAUGCUGAAAGGGUUUGUCCAUCAUCCAGCCUCCUGGUAAAGGUUUAUGGGAGAUAUUAUAUCGCCUCGGUUGCCAUGGAAGAAAAGGACUGUGUCUGAGCGGUGCCAACUUUUAUUCACAUGGAGCUAUUCUUGCCCUGUCUUCAAUUGAUAAACGCAGUGUGCAUGUAAAUGCACGGGAGAUUAACCCAUUCACAUCAGAUUGAGUAACUCAAGAAGAGUUUUGACGAUUGUUUUCGCCUGGAGAAGGUCGAAAUAACGAGGCCACUGAAGAGGUUGUAUCCCUGGGCAAAGCACCACUUAUUUCUAAUAUUCUUCCCUGCUUUGGCUCGGCAGGAUCUCGGGGGAUUCUGCAGUUCAACACAUCACAGCUGCUUGCUGCUUUUGACAGACAGCCGCCAUCAUUCUGUGCUGCAAGGGCGACCCCAAAAUGUCUUCCAACGGCGAUCUGCAAGACGUUGGGAGCUGGGACAGCUUCUGGGAGCCGGGGAACUACAAGAGGACAGUAAAGCGCAUUGACGAUGGCUACAAGCUGUGCAACGAGCUGGUCAUCUGUUUCCAGGAGCGAGCCAAGAUUGAGAGAGGCUAUUCCCAGCAGCUCAGUGAUUGGGCCAGAAAAUGGAGGGGUGUUGUGGAGAAAGGCCCACAGUAUGGGACUCUGGAAAAGGCAUGGCAUGCAUUUAUGAAUGCGGCCGACAGACUGAGUGAGAUCCAUAUGGAACUAAAACAGAAACUGGUUGUUGAGGACAGCGAGAAGGUUAGAAACUGGCAGAAGGACGCCUUCCACAAGCAGAUGAUUGGUGGAUUCCGUGAGACCAAAGAUGCUGAUGAAGGCUUCCGCAAGGCCCAGAAACCCUGGGUCAGAAAACUGAAAGACGUGGAGUCCUCAAAGAAGAGUUACCACCAAGCCCGUAAGGAAGAGCGCACUGCGCUAACCCGUGAAACUCAUGCCAAGGCUGACACCACCAAAUCCCCGGAGGAGGUCCGCAAGUUCACAGACCGUCUGGAGAAAUGUACACAAGAGGCCGAAAAGGCUAAGGAGCGUUAUGAGAGAGCUCUGGAUGAGCUCAAUCGCUGUAACCCACGUUACAUGGAGGACAUGGAGCAGGUGUUUGAAAUUACCCAGGAGGCGGAGAAGAAGAGGUUGCUUUUCUUUAAAGAGGUGCUGCAGGACAUUCACCAGCACCUGGACCUCUCCAGCAAUGAUGGAUUCCGGGGCCUGUACCGAGACCUCAGCCAGACCAUCAGUGCAGCCAGUGACACGGAGGACCUCCGGUGGUGGAGAAACACGCAUGGACCCGGCAUGAGCAUGAACUGGCCACAGUUUGAGGAGUGGUCACCAGAAGCAAACCGAUCCAUCAGUCGAAAGGAGAGGAACAGUCACUCUGACGGGGUCACCCUGACUAAUAUCGUGUCCGCAGGAGACGAACCCCCACAGACUCCACAGGAAACUACCAGGGCGGGUAAAGACUACUCCUCGGACUGGUCAGAUGAAGAAAGCCCCAAGAAAUACAUUGCAGCCAAUGGGGUGGACGAGGAAGAGAAGGUAGUCGGGGUUCGUGUUAGAGCGCUGUAUGAUUACACAGGGCAGGAGGCUGAUGAGCUGAGCUUUAAAGCAGGUGAAGAGUUAAUGAAGCUUGGCGAGGAGGACGAGCAGGGCUGGUGCAAAGGGCAGCUUCACAGUGGAGAGGUGGGCCUUUACCCUGCUAACUACGUCCAAGUCAUCGCAUCAUGAUAACCCGCUCUGUCCCAGACGAGACCCCCACCUUCUACAUGGCAUCAUACGGAACGUUGGCAAUUGUGUUGACAACAGCCACAACUGCAUGACGGAUUGGAUGCCACAAGGCGCAAGAAUAACGCAGGAAUAACAGACAGGAGUGCACAGUUUCUGCUGUCAAACUAGAGAACUUUAAGAAGAAUUGUUAGUUUCCCUUUUGUCCUUGGGCUUAAUAAAAAGAGUGCCUUUAUUUGAAAACGCCAGACAGCAGAUCUGUUGUUGUUAUAUUACAGGAUUGAAUGGACAGCAUAGAUCAUGCUAGCGUUUUGUUCAAAGGACAACAUGUACAGUUUAAAUACGCCACUGUUGAAUUUGGUUUGGAAAACUAGCAAUGGCCUUUCAUAAUCGGAGUCCUAUUAUUUAAUAUUUCCCAUUUUUGCAAAUCGUUCAUGAGAAGCAUGUUAGUUUGUUCAUAUAUUUUGUGUUAUAUUUUAGAUUGCUGUAGGGAUUCUUCCUAAUGCUAACAAUGUUCCUAUGUUUCAUAUUUACCUUUAUGUUUCCUCCAAAGAUAUAUGGAUUUGUACAAAAGUAUCACCGGGUAGAUGCUCAUAAUCACCCUUUGGAAUCUUGUGACGGGAAUUCCAGGGAGGAGAUUAUUAAAUCUAUUUGGUGGGACUGUUUUACUUUUUUAAUUUAUCUUUUGAUUUUACGUGGAGAGCAGGAAAAGCUUCUACUACGAUGUGUGUUGACAGAAAGAGGGCAAGACUUGAGUUGGCUUGUCGAGGUGUGUUUGAGUGGUAUAAUGGGCCUCCGAUAUGCCCCACUGUGAACAUUGUUUUUCAUGAAACUUCCAUAACAGCCAAUACUAAUCAAUGUUAAAAAUAAAAUUCUAAUUAAUAUGAAUGAUACGUUAUUCUAUUUUGUUUGUAUAGUGGCAAUUUAGCAAUUUCAACCAAGACAUGUUGCAAAGGUUUGGUUUAGUAACGCCCAUUUAUUAAAAUUGUAUAUGUAGUCUGUGUAUGGCUUCUUGAAGGGAUUAUUUACUCACCCUCAUUGUCCCUAAAUGACUUGGUUCCAUGGAACACAAACGGAGAUGUUAGGCGGAAUGUUAGCCUCAGUCACCAUGCACUUUCUUUUGCCUAUUUUCUAAAUACAAUGAAAAUGAAUGGUGACUGAGGUUAAGAUUCUGCCUAACGUCUCCUUUUGUGUUCUAGGGAGGAAAGAAUGUCAUAUGGGUUUGAAAUAAGACUUAAGUUGUCAUUAUGCAACUGCAUAGAAAUUGAGUGACAUGAAAUGAGUGUUUACAUGCACACCAAUAAGCUGAUAACAAAAUGCGUUUAUCAAAUAAAUUCUG